ACUGGAUAGCCCGCAGCUCCGGAGCAUUUGUGCACGAUUCAUUUCGAAUUGCAGCAGCAUGAGCACAUUGAAUUGAAAACAUUCCAGUAAUUCGCAAGAAGGUAUACAUAUUUUCUGCGCGUAUCUGUCCCAUUUGAGUUAAAUCGCUGUUAAAAGGCAUUGUCUCGGGUUGAAACGAUUGGAAUGAUUUCUCCUGGAAAUGAGAUAUAACAUAUAUUGCCUGGUGAAAUACCAACUGUUUUGCUGUUUGUUCUCCCGCUGGAAUCUUGUUUCUGGGCAGAUUCGAUAUUCUGUUCCUGAGGAAUUGCAACUGGGCGCCUUUGUUGGGAAUAUCGCCAUUGAUUUGGGGUUAGAUUUAAAGGAGCUGUCGGCUCGCAGCUUACGGGUGGCGCCCAGUCCGAGGAAACUGUAUGUUGACGUAAAUUUGGAGAAUGGAAUUUUAUUUGUGAAUGAAAGAAUGGACAGGGAAAAACUUUGCGGGUCGUUCACCGAAUGCGUUUUAUCCUUCAACGUUGUGCUUGAAAAUCCCCUCAGUCUGCACCAGGUGGAAGUGGAGAUUCUCGAUGUAAAUGACAACGCUCCCACUUUCUCCAAAAGCCAGAUCCGCCUGGAAAUCUCCGAAAUUAUUGUACCGGGAGCGCGGUUCCCCCUCGAAGCCGCAAACGACCCGGACAUUGGAACUAACACUUUGCAGACAUACCAGCUACAUCCAAAUGAAUAUUUCAUUCUUGAUGUACAAGAACGCAGUGGGAUAGGAAAGUUGCCGGUGUUGGUGCUUCAGAGUCCUUUAGAUCGAGAAACAGUAACAAGUCACGAGUUAACACUUUUAGCCGAAGACGGCGGAGUCCCUGUGAGAUCGGGGAAGGUCUGGGUAAUAAUCGCAGUGAAGGAUGCGAACGACAACUCUCCUGUUUUCUCGCAGUCGGUUUAUAGGGUGAGUUUGUUGGAAUCAGCUCCCUUCCGAUCCUUGAUCAUUACAUUAAACGCCACUGACUUGGACGAUGGACCCAAUGGAGACAUAACGUACUCGAUCAGUAGCCAUAGUUCGAAAAAUGUUCUUGAAAUGUUUAGCAUCGAUUCCAAAACUGGUGAAAUCAGACUGAAAGGGCACUUAGACUAUGAACAAAGCAAAUUGUUUGAGAUUAAUAUACAAGCGGUCGAUAAUGGUCCUGACGCAAUGCCCCAGCACUGUGAUGUGCUGGUGAAUGUUAUGGAUGUGAAUGAUAACUCUCCUGACUUAACGUCAACAUCUACGUCAAGUACAGUGCCAGAAGAUGUCUCAAUUGGAACGGUAGUGGCACUGCUAAGCGUAGAUGACAAAGAUUCUGGACAAAAUGGGCACGUACAAUGUGAAAUUUCAAAUAAACUGCCAUUUAGGCUGGAUUUGUCUGUGGAAAACUUUUAUAAACUACUUAUACAGCAACCGCUGGAUCGCGAAACUACCUCCAGGUAUGAUAUCACCAUAACAUGCACGGAUGCAGGGUACCCCAGUCUUACAUCAACGGAAAUGAUUCGUAUAGAUGUUACAGAUGUAAAUGACAACGCACCAAGGUUUAUGCAGGCGGUACACACGGUGCACGUCAUGGAGAACAACGUUAUUGGGGCUUCCAUAUACUCCUUGACUGCUUUUGACCCAGAUAAAGGACAAAACGCCCGAAUGAACUUUUCCAUCCUGCCAUCUCAGGUUCAGGACUCUUCCAUUGCCUCUUAUAUCUCCAUCAACUCACAGAGCGGUGUCAUAUUUGCGCAGAAAUCUUUUGACUACGAGAAACUGAAAGAUUUUAAAAUUCACGUUCGGGUGCAGGAUUCUGGACUCCCACCUCUCACCAGUAACGCUUCUGUAGCUAUUGUUAUCCUUGAUCAGAACGAUAAUGCCCCAGUGAUCGUGAAUCCUUUGCCCCAAUAUGGAUCAACAGCAAUGGAGACAAUAUCCAGGUUUGCAGAACCUGGAUACCUGGUUUUCAAGGUAUCGGCUAUUGACGCCGACGCUGGUCAAAAUGCCCGUCUGACUUAUCACAUUUUUCAGGCUACUCAUCGCGAUCUCUUCACUAUUUCAGCUGACACGGGGGAAAUUUGGACUAUCCGUGGCAUUGAGAGCAAGGAUGCCUCCAAACAAAGGCUGGUGAUUAUGGUAACAGAUAAUGGAUCGCCAUCUCUCUCUGCAACCGUGACCAUAGAAUUAUCUGUGAAGAGGAGUGAAACGAUCUCCAGUACCACCAGUUUAUUUAAAAAUGAUGAUUUCACUCCCUAUCGGAACUUUUCCUUAGUCAUAGCCUUAGGGAUAACGUCUAUCAUUUUCCUCGUGAUUUUAAUUAUCCUUGCUGUUAAGGUUCAUAAAAGCAGAAAUGGUGUGGGAUGCCAAUACAGUUCUCAGAAUACUUGUUGCUGUUUGGAAUCAAGAAAUUCUCUGAAUGGAAUUCAAAAGGCCAGUCGAAGCCUUCAGAUACCCCCGAACUAUGUUGAGGUAUUUGGGGGUGAUCCACUUUCCCAGAGUUUCCGUUACGAGUCCUGUUCAACAUUGCAGUCCGUGAAGAGGGACUUCACGACCCCUCAAGCGUGUGGACUAUCUACAGCAAUGCAUUAUAACCCGAAGAAACCUGCUGGGAAAGAAAAUCCAGGAAUGAUAAAGCCCGAGGUGUCCAAUUACAGUGUAACUACUGAGGUGAAACAACCAAAUACUGACUGGCGCUUGUCACAGACUCACAGAGCCGAGCUAAACAGUUCCCAGUACCUGGAGGAGGAAGGCGUACAACGUGAAAUACAAUGCGAAGUUCAGCGCGAGGUCCAGCGGGACGUGCAGCGUGAAGUACCACGUGAUGUGCAGUGUGAUGUGCCGCGUAACGUUCAACGCGACCUACAGCGCGAUGUACACUGUGACGUGCAGCACGUUGCUGAAAAUGAUCCCGGCGGACCAAGGAAACCGAUGUGUGCAAGACCUCCAGCUAUCCCAGCCGGUAGAGAUGGGUGGACAUUACCACGGACAGCUCCACGAAUGCAGCUACAGAUGACGCUAGGCACUCACGUACCAGGGACCUUGCGAAGUCAGUACCUCUUCCCCCGAGAGCCUUGUACGCCAGGAGCACGUAUCAGUAAUUCAAACGUGGAGUUCAGUGCUUUCCCUAUUGGCAGUCUCCAUUGUCCUUGGGCUGCAAACCAGACACGAGAUCAUAGAGGCCUCACCCAUCCGGGCAGCCGGAGACCAGAGUUGGACACCGAGGCUUGCGGUGAAAUUCCCUGCUCACCAUCAAGCCUCCGACUAUCUACACAACGUCUACAUUCCCGGGACCACCACCACGCUCUCCGGCAAGUCAACAACUGAGCGUGAAGGGAAGAAAUCUUUCAUUACUUUUGGGAAGAAGAAAAAGACCGGUAAAUAAAGAGAAGAGGGAGCAGAGUAAAAUUUCAAAAAUUAUGGAAAUCAUAAAAUGGAGCUGCAUGACAGAAGCACGUCUUUUUAAAAAAAUGCUAAAUGUCACUUCAAAAAAAAUCACUGGGCCAAAGCAAGCCCUUUGCUGCACUAAGUAUUAGUUUGAAAGGGAAUGGAUUUUUUUAAAUUGAUCUUCAAUAAUAAUGUUCAAAAUUCUUUGCAAUCCUCAAGUAUUACAAAGGAAGUGUGGCAAUUAAUGUCAAGCACAUGCUCAGUUGUUUAAGAUGGUCUCGAUCGCCUGAAGAUAUUAUUCAUUAGGUUUACUUGGUAUUAUCCUUUGCCAGCUCAGAAUUAAAAGCAACCAGCUCCAGACUUUGAGAUAGUAUUCUGGGUAUCACGCCACAUGGAACUUGUCAGUGAUUAUAUUUUUCUUUUCUAAAGCACCAGGGAAGAAAUAAAGUUGUUAUUAGGACAAUGAUACUGACUCUUGUCAGUCUCAAGCAUUGACUUGAUCAAGGGCUCCUUUCAGGAAUGGGGUACUGAGGACCAAUGGGAGGUUUAUUCCAGACCUCACUAUCAUUCCUCACAAAGCUUCUUAAGCUUUCUUCUUAAGCUUCCCAAAUUUAUUUCUGCUAGAGUGAUUGAUAGGACCUGCUGUUGCCUCUAAAUUGAAUUCCUUUGCCAUUUCUUUCUGAAGUUUAAGAGGAAAUUGGCUGGGAUGGUUGAAAACAGCAGUCUGAAGAUAUAUAAAAGUAACUUUUCCAGGGACAUCAGAUGAGACUGCAAUGGCAUUGGGCCACAUUAUUAGGAUGACUGGCACAGACUAUCUUGCUCCAUCUUAAAUGAAUUAAUACCAGUGAAAAGAGAAAUAUUCCAACUUGCAUCACUGAGAAAUUGUGCCUUUCCUGGAGGAAGAAUGUAUCAAAAUUUAAUCCCCAAUUAUGGAGGGACACUACAGAAACAUUUAAAGAAAACCCAUUCCCUUCUUCAAACAUCUGUUACACACACGCGAGCAGCCACAAUUUAAGUUCGGUCAUUGUCUCGUGUCUCCAUUUAUUCAGUCCAAAAUGUCACGCAGCCUUAACAUAGAUUAAGGAACAUGUUAAGAGUCCACUUUCUCAUUGUGCAUGUAUAUCACACUGAGGGUUAUCGCUUGCAUCACAUUUUCUGUAAAUUAUUCACUGUUUAACACCCCGCAUUUAGCUUUGGGAGGGGUGCGGCAGAUCAGAAAAGAGAGGAAAAAAAGCAAGUGAGAAAAUAAUUGGUGCCAGUUUUCCACCAAUAGUUGCGUCGGGUAUCGUUCAGAACCUGCAGAUGGAUACUGAUAGCAUCUGGCCAAGUAUAAGAAUCACUGUCCAUCUCACUCCCUUGGUGCCUCAUGGCAGUGGAUCCAAGGAUGUUAGUAAUGAUGAGUGUGGGCACUCUCAAUGGUAUAAGUUGAGUGCCCUUGUAUAGAGCCAUAACAGAGUCAUAAUGACGUAAGCUUUCAGAAGCAAAGAAUGGGCAGUAAGGAAGGAGAAAAGAAAAGUAUAAUAAAAUACCAAAAAAAAGGGUUAUAUAUGGGGCUAUGGUUGCCACCUUAUGAAGGAGCCAAAUCGGACAAAGAGGAUCGGAUCAGACUGAAUGUGUAGUGGGAUCCUGGCUUGAGUUCUCAGGUAUGUUUUGCUGAAGCUGCAAUUUAAUUCCGUCCAAGACAGGAAUGAAAGUAAAAACAAAACAUUUAUUAUACGGUCUGUAGUUUACAAAUUUCUGAGUUGAUUCUUUGGAGUAGAUUUCUAUUUUGUCCAACACUAUAAAACGAAUGACAGCAACUGAGCAGCACCUUCUACACACUCUCAAUUUUUAUUUCCAUGCAGUCAUUGGAAGUAAAAUUUGGGAGGGGUGCGUAAUAGGCUUCUGACUCAUUAGCAUCAGCUUUAUGCAGUUGGAGGAAGCCAUGGUCUACCACCUGCCUUUACUGUCAGUUGAGCUCAGCACAGACAAGAAACAGAGCCUUGGUAUACUGGUAAGGGACAAUCAUCCAGGCUCUGGUCUGCAAUCCAGCAACAUUACUGGAAAGCAUAUUUGAAGAGCUGUCAUGGGAGAGGUACAGGUUCUGGCGAAAAGUCAUCCAGCUGAAACCUUGACCCUGUUCCUCUCUCCUCAGAUGCCACCUGACCUGCUGAGUAUUUCCAGCAUCUUUUGGUUUUAUUUCAGAUAUCUAUCAUCUGCAGUUUUGUUGCUUUUCAGGGUACAGAAGGGUUGUUUAUGCCCAGGAACCCAUGCAGUCAGAGUCAGUGCCUUCAGAAGUAAAGAAAGGGUUAAAAAAUGGGAGAGGGGCAAAGAAAUGAGUUGUCCAGUUUAAUCCCAGAUAGGUGGCAACCAUGAUUGGGGCUAAAGAUUUGUGGAUCAGAGACUUGAAAUAUUUAGAAAAUAAGUCCUGUCAUUUAACUUUUAUUUUAACACUAGCGAUAACCCUAUAACAUAUUUUCUCUUAUGACUGGAUCAAUCAGCCAUAGCUUCAAGAAUGAAGCCUUGGCAACCAGUGAGUAGUCUAUAGCUGUUUUAAUAUUUAGGCAUGCUGUAUGUGUCCUGUGAUUAACAAAUAUGAAUAUAUCUAUAUACUAGUAUCUGUCCUAUUUCUUAGGGGGAAAAAAAAGACUGAAUUAGAUCUGGAGACAUUGUGAAUCUCUUUGUAGUUUCUUGGAUGUUUUUUGCUAAAACUCGUUUUAUUACAAUUAUACCAUGUGGUGUUGUAGACUUCUUAUACACUGCUUUCUACGUACAAUAUUCGUACAUUAGUCAAACAUGAAAGUGAUAGAUCCUUUCUUAUGAUGUUCAUGUUCUACUUUUGAGAUUUGCUUGCAAUUGCCGACAUCAGUAUAAUAGCCUGUAUAACAUUGAGUGAGUAUAUUGUGCUCUGUAUUUUUCUUCUGAACUAAAUUGCUGUAAUUCCAAUGUUACAAACUUGCUUUCCUUUUAAUUGCAUUGGAUUAUAUUAGUAAUGUUUUGCUCUAAAUUCAGUCUUUCCAAUAAAAUUAUUCCAUUUAAUCCAA